AUGAGGCUGCCGGAGGUGCUGAUUUUCCUGGCCUCCUGGGGAGUCGCCGGGGCUGCACCAGGGAAGUUCUGGCACAUCUCUGACCUGCAUCUGGACCCCGAUUACAAAGUGUCUGAAGACCCUCUCCAGGUAUGCCCGUCUGCGGGCUCCCAGCCGGUACCCAACGCAGGCCCCUGGGGCGACUACCUCUGCGAUUCUCCCUGGAUCCUCAUCAACUCCUCCAUCUACGCCAUGAAGGAGAUCGAGCCAGAGCCAGACUUCAUCCUCUGGACCGGUGAUGACACACCACACGUGCCCAAUGAGAGGCUGAGUGAGGUGGCCGUGCUGAAAAUUGUGAAGCAGUUGACUCAGCUCAUCAGGGAGGCCUUUCCAGAUACUAAAGUCUACGCUGCUUUGGGAAAUCAUGACUUUCACCCCAAAAACCAAUUACCCGCAGGGAGCAACAACAUCUAUAACCAGGUAGCAGAGCUGUGGCGACCCUGGCUCAGUAACGAAUCCAUCACUUUCUUCAAAGAAGGUGCCUUCUAUUCUGAGAAACUGCCGGGGCUGAGCGGGGCUGGGCGAAUCGUGGUCCUCAACACCAACCUGUACUACAGCAACAAUGAGCAGACGGCCGGCAUGGCUGACCCCAGCCAGCAGUUCCAGUGGCUGGACGACGUGCUGACCCGUGCAUCCCAGGCUGGGGAAAUGGUGUACAUCAUCGGCCACGUGCCCCCGGGCUUCUUUGAGAAGACACGGAACAAAGCGUGGUUUCGGGAGGGCUUCAAUGAGGAGUACCUGAAGGUGGUCCAGAGGCAUCAUCGAGUCAUCGCAGGGCAGUUCUUCGGGCACCACCACACUGACAGCUUUCGGAUGUUCUACGACAGUGCAGGUGCCCCCAUCAGUGUCAUGUUCCUUACACCUGGGGUCACCCCGUGGAAAACCACGUUACCUGGAGUGGUCAACGGCGCCAACAAUCCAGGCAUCCGGGUGUUUGAAUACGACCGAGCUACGCUGAGCCUGCAGGACAUGGUGACCUACUUCUUGAACCUGAGCCAGGCGAACGCGCUGGGCGCGCCAAGCUGGGAGCUCGAGUACCGGGUGACCGAGGCCUACGGGGUGCCGGAUGCAGGUGCCCGCUCCAUGCAUGCGGCACUGGGCCGCAUCGCUAGCGACCAGGGUGCGUUGCAGCGUUACUACGUCUACAACUCGGUCAGUUACGACACGCGCGCCUGCGACGAAGCGUGCCGCGCCGAGCACGUGUGCGCGCUGCGCGAGGUGGCCUUCGACGGGUACGCGGCCUGCCUGCGCGCCCCCGGCGUCGCGCCCGCGCCCUGCCUUGCGCUCCUGCCCGCGGCGCUGCUGGGCUUGCGCGUGCUGCUCUUGUCCUGA